AUGAGAACUUCCCUUUUCAUACUCUUAGUUGCAGGCGCCUUCGCUUCCCCAAAUAUGAGGAACGUACUUUCACAGUAGAAAGCAAAGCAACUAGCUGAGGUUUCAAAUGCUGGUAAAGGUGAUCUAUGGAAUGAUUGUGAUAUGGAUCUUGGAUAAGUCCCUGAACCUGAACUUCAUGAUUGCGAAUGCAAGCUACACGAUUUACCAGGCCUCGGUGCAGGCACUAACACUGGAUAUCAUGCCGAGGCUCUUGCAGCUUAAGGUUCACUCCUCACUACAGUUCCAGAUACUUAAUACUCACAAAUCUGCCAGUCUAACUGUUGCUCAUGUGAACAAGAAGCUCAUACUUCUUAAGAAAAAGAGGGAAAGAAUAGAACUUUCGUCAUUUCAGGUUCUAUCUCAGUGUUUGAAACUCUGAGACUUCAAUCUUGUGGUAACUCAAGAGAAAAAUCUCAAGGUCAAUCAUAGAAAGAGACUGUUUGCCAAACCAACAACUACUCUCCAAAUCUUGCUGCACCAAACCAAUGCCUAGAUGUUAGCGUGAAACCAGUCUAGGGUGUAUGUUCAACUAAUGGAAUCAAAGCAGUUGGAACAGCUCUCUGA